AUGGAGGCAUCUCCUAAAGUAGCCAAUGAAACUCCAAUACUAAUGAUAAUGGAACCUAUAAUGGCAUUUGUAUGUGGUCUUUGUUUUUUUGCAAACCAGGACACUAACAUACUGGCUGGUGAUGAAGCUGAUCUGCAAAAAGAUGAUUUAAAAUUAAUAUAUUUGCUAUUGACCGCAAACUACCAACUACGUCAUUUAGUUCUAUAUACUAAGAAGACUGCCUAUGCCUCCAGCCUACUAUGUGGGCGCACCAAGGAAGUGGAGGUGGGUAAUAACGUCGGCGCGGGCGCAGCGCUGGCGCUGACCCUACUGAGGCCACAAGCUGCUACAACCACCGGCCCUUGCCAGCUCAAGCUGAACGCACCGGACGCAGCUGCCUUUACCGUCCGCCUUAUUGAUGUCAAGGAAUCUCUGUCUGAUUGGGAGUGGAGUCAGUACGAAGGUCCAGGAGCUCGUAAGUGGAGCGGCCGCAGCGCCCCGGCUCAAGAUGCUGUCGACGACAAUACUCGCAUCUCCGUCACGAACAACACGGACUCGUGUAAACUACUCGUUUAUAUAAGUGAAACGAAGACACCUAUAUGGCGUUUGUCCCUGUGUGGAGGGAACGCAGCGGCUGUGGCCGCGAAGGCUGGAACCAAAUUGCUACCACCAAAGAUAAAGCUAGUAUGGACUCCUCCCACUACCACCAACCACAAUACGGAGAAACUAAGGCUGGUGGUCACUGCUGUUAAUAGUGGUGCUGUAUGUAACAAUGAAUCUCAGUUUGUAUGUGGGGUCACAAGUCUGUGUAUAUCUUCAUACUUGGUGUGUGAUGGUGUGAAGCAUUGUCCCGGAGGUGAGGAUGAAGAUGGCAAGGCCUGUUCACAUCGCAGGGACUCUCCAUUACUGGAGAUGUUACGACGGUUCGCGGCAAGGAACCAGGAGUUCCUCGGCUUGGACCAGCCAGAUGGUGUGACUAAACCAUCAGUUAUAAUGAAAAUAACCGAGGGGGAGCAGAAACAGAAUGCCUUUAUGGAGUUUGCAGCGGCUUUGAAGCCUUAUGGACCUUGGAGCUACCUGGUAGUGGGAAUGUUGGUCUGUGCCACUAUACUCAUGUUCUGUCUCGCAUGGGAAUGCUGCUGCAAGCGUUCCAAGCCUUCAGACACGCCUAUCAAUAUACCAGCUUCUUGUAUUGACCUAUCACCUACGGUCACGGUCACAGCGUCAUCUCAGCAGUUGUUCGAGCCGGCGCCUUCGCCCCCCGAGUACGAGCCUCCUCCUUCAUACUCCUCGCUUUUCCCACGAGCCUAUAAAUCCUCCCCUUCCCCCGUUCCACAUUGCUCCCAUCAAGAACCAGACUGA